AUGGGGAACCAGUGUUGCUGCAUUCAAGGUGACUCGAAGAAGCCUUCCAAAAAGCGUGUGAAAAGGGAGCCCUACUCUACUACCAAGGUGACUUCAGGGAGCACAUUCAAUGAGAAUACAAGAAGAUAUGCUGUGCACACCAACCAGUGUCGGAGACCUCAUGGCUCCCCGGUAAAGAAGAAGAUGUACCCACAAGAAGAUGACUUCCAUCAUACAAUCUUCAGCAACCUUGAAAGAUUGGACAAGCUUCAGCCCACUCUUGAAGCCUCUGAGGAGUCUCUAGUUCACAAGGACAGAGGAGAUGGAGAGAGGCCAGUCAAUGCGAGGGUAAGUUUUGUUUCUGUAUUGCUGGUGGUGCAGGUGGCCCCUCUGAGGCGUGAAUCUACUCCCCAUGGGGACACCAUCCACGACAUCACGAACGAGGACGCCGUCCACGACACCGCCAAUGAGGACACCUUCCACGGCACCACCGACGAGGACGCCGUCCACGGCACCGCCGACGAGGAUGCCGUCCAGGGCACCGCCAAUGACGCCGUCCACGGCAUCGCCGACGAGGACGCCAUCCAUGGCAUCGCUGACUGGGACGCCAUCCAGGGAUUCACUGACUGGGACGCCAUCCAGGGCCUCGCUGACUGGGACGCCGUCCAGGGCCUCGCUGACUGGGACGCCAUCAAGGGCAUCGCUGAUGGGGAUGCCGCCCAGGGCAUCGCUGAAGGGGACGUCGUCCAUGGCAUCGCUGACGGUGUCACUGUCCAGGGCAUCGCUGACGAGGACGCCGUCCAGGGCAUCGCCGACGAGGACGCCAUCCACGGCAUCGCCGACGGGGACGCCGUCCAGGGCAUCGCUCUCAAUGACGCCGUCCACGGCAUCGCUAACGAGGACGCCGCCCAGGGCUCGCCAACUGGGAUGCUGUCCAGGACAUCGCUAAUGAAGAUGGAUUCCACAGCAUCGAUAACAAGGAUGCCGUCCAGGGCAUCGAUAACGAGGACACCGUCCAGGGCAUCGCCAACGAGGACGCCGUCCAGGGCAUCGCCACCUGGGACGCCGUCCACGGCUUCGCCGACGAGGUCGCCUUCCAUGGGCAUUGCUCUCGAUGACGCCGUCCACGGCAUCGCUAACGAGGACGCCGCCCAGGGCAUCGCCAACUGGGAUGCUGUCCAGGACAUCGCUAAUGAAGAUGGAUUCCACAGCAUCGAUAACGAGGAUGCCGUCCAGGUCAUCGCCAAUGAGGACGCCGUCCAGGGCAUCACCAACUGGGACGCCAUCCACGGCUUCGCCGACAGGGGCAUCGCCGACGGGGACGCCGUCCACGGCAUCGCCGACAGGGUCGCUGCCCAGCGCAUCGCCGACUGGGAAGACGCCCAGGGCAUCGCCGACUGGGAUGCCGCCCAGGGCAUCGCCUACGGGGACGCUGCCCAGGGCAUUGCCAACGGGGACGCCACCAAGGGCAUGGGCAACGAGGUUGCCGUCCACGGCAUCGCUAACGAGGAUGCCGUCCACGGCAUCGCUAAUGAGGACGCCCUCCACGGCGUCGCUAACGAGAAAAUCAAAUGUUAA